AUGGCUUGCAAGCAGCAGAUCGGGGUGGUCGUCGUCUUGUCCUGCUUCAUUGCCAUCAGUGCUCUCGCCUUCCGUCCCUGCGCAGCCUGGUCGGACGCCGGCGCCACCUGGUACGGCCCUGCCAACGGCGCUGGGAGCGACGGUGGUGCGUGUGGGUACCAGGGUGCCGUCCACCAGCCUCCGUUCUCGUCAAUGAUCACCGCCGGCAGCAAUUCCAUCUACCAGGACGGCAAGGGCUGCGGCACCUGCUACCAGGUGAAGUGCACCGGACACCAGUCGUGCUCCGGCAGCCCGGUGACAGUGGUCCUCACUGACCAGUGCCCCGGCGCUUGCCAGUCCGAGCCCGUCCACUUCGACCUCAGCGGGACGGCGUUCGGUGCCAUGGCGAAACCCGGCCAGGCCGACCAGCUCCGAAACGUCGGCCGCCUCCCAGUCCAGUACACCCGGGUGCCGUGCAACUGGAACGGCGUGGACGUGGCCUUCAGGGUGGACGCCGGCUCGAACGCCAACUACCUGGCCAUGGCCAUCGAGUACGAGGCCGGGGACGGGGACCUGCGCGCCGUGGAGCUGCAAAAUGGCGCGGCGGCGUGGGCGCCCAUGGAACGCUCCUGGGGCGCGGUGUGGCGCUACCAGUCGUCCGGCUCCAGUCUGCAGGCGGCCCCCCUGUCUGUCCGCCUCACCUCCGGCUCCGGCAAGACCCUCGUCGCCAGCGGCGUCAUCCCCGCCGGAUGGCAGCCCGGCAACACCUACCGCUGCGUCGUCAACUUCGGACGAAACUGA